AUGAUGCUGUUGGUGGAGAAACGUUCGGUUAAUGGUACCGAUAAUGUUGUGUUAGAAAGAGAGGUUGAAGGAGAUGGAAUUUGGACUUGUUCGGCUUGGAAAGAAGGUUACAAAGUGUCAGAUUCCGUCGAAAUAAUAGCUUUAAUAAAACCGGAAGUGGAAAUCUCUGGUGACAAGAACAUUACCCUACUGAAAGGCUCGGCGUACAGCAUCAGCUGUCUGGUAAAAGCUAAGCCGGAGCCAAGGAUCAUAUGGCAUAGGGAAACGGAGACAUUUCUGAACAACACCAUUUCAGUAAUUUCCCCGAACGUCUACAGAAGCGUGCUAGAAAUCGACAGUAAGACAACGAAAGUGGACGGAACAUACUUCUGUUUCGGUGAAAAUGCGGCUGGCAUUCACCAGGAUUCUGUGACUGUCAUUGUUAGGACACCUAUGAGACUGUUGCAUGGAUUUUCAGAUAUUUCAACACAACUCUACUCCGACGUAACCCUGCUAUGCCAGAUAGACUCACACCCACCCGCCCAAAUAAACUGGUACCACAACACCACAGAAUUAAGUACUAAAGAUAACAUACGGAAGUCUAGCGAUAACUCAGUUCUUACUAUUGAAAGGGUUGACUUUGAUGACCUAGGGGUGUAUGUAUGUAAAGCUAGUAAUGAGUAUGAGGACCUGGUUGUGAAUGGGACUUUAAGUGUUCAUGGUUUAGAAACUCCAAAGUUGUCCAAAGAGCCGGUAACUGUGGUGUCGACGAAAGGAAAUUCUACAAUAUUAACAUGUAGCGUAUUAAAAGGAAAUCCAACGCCUACAAUAACUUGGCAAUUCCUACCCGACUCAACUCAAGAGUUUUCUUACGUGCCAAGCAACAUGACAAGCGAUAAUGAGGUUAUGAUAUCAAAUGUGACUCUGGACCACGCCGGCUUGUAUCGAUGCAUUGCGGAAAAUGUACUGGGCAGAGAUUAUUACGACGUGACGCUAGAAGUGCAAUAUCCUCCAGAAAUUGAGUCUGCCGAGAUAGACUCGAAACCUUUAGAAGUCGAAGCUGGACAACCCUUGACCCUAUCUUGUCAGGCCGGGGGAGUGCCUAAACCGUGGGUCACAUGGACGAAGGACCUAAUGCCAAUAGGAUUUACUAAGAAUAUGUAUUUAAACAAGGACUACGAUUUAGUGGUAGAGAAAGUUACGGAAUAUGAUUCCGGAUUGUUUACUUGUAAUGCUACUAGCAUAUUGGGUUCUUCACUGAAAAACUUCACCGUGGUUGUUUAUGUUCCCCCAAUAAUAACUGGUCCCGAAAAGGAGCAAGAACCACAACAAUAUGUAGAAGGGCAGCUAGUGGAACUGCCUUGUCGGGCCACCGGGUUCCCUCGACCGGAAGUGAAGUGGCUGCAGAAUGGAGACGAGGUCAAUGAUGACCGGAAAUACAUUGACGACUUUGGAAUGCGAUUUGUGGCAAAUUUAACGGACUUUGGCGAAUACACAUGUAUCGUUAAGAAUAAAUAUGGAAACACGAGUUAUAGCUACAGCGUUUACAUUUGGGUUCCGCCAUCGAUUGAACCUCCUCUGCAAAUCAAUACGGCUGUCCUCGUAGGCACAAAUAUCAGUCUGAAUUGUGACGCUGUUGGUUUCCCACUGCCGGUCAUAUACUGGGAGUUUGAUGGCACUGUUAUAGACAAAAAUAAUACCAACUUGAGCUUCAACGAUAACGGAACAAUCAAUAUCACAAAUGUGAAUUCAAAACAAGAAGGGUUUUACGCUUGUCUAGCUGAGAACAUAGCCGGAGUAGCAAGAAAGAACUUCUACUUGCAAGUCAACGAGCCACCAAGGAUUUUAGAAGACAACUACACCGGGCCAUACAUAGCGACGGAGAAGGAUCUGUCGCUGAAGAUCACAUGUAAAGCUACAGGCAAGCCCAGGCCGUACAUUUACUGGAUAAAAGAUGACGUGUAUCUUGACAAAGAUAGCAGAUAUGAUGUAGACAUUGACGGAACUUUAACCAUAAAAUCACUGUCUGAGGAUUUAAGCGGGCCUUAUACGUGCUUAGCGAAGAACUCUGUGGGAGCGUUCAACAAAACGGUGCCUGUUGAUAUUUAUAGCCUGCCUUCCAAACUUCAAGCCGAUGCGUCUCAAUCAAGUAUGGCGUUUGUGGAAGGGACCGAUGUUUCUGUAGAAUGCCCAAUUAAGGCUUUGAGGAAUAGCAAAGUCACAUGGUAUAAGGAUGCCAAACUAAUAUCUCACGGGCACCUCACCAUACCCAAAAUAUCUCGUCACAACGAGUCUACAUUCGCCUGCGUAGUGACAACCGCUAUAGGUUCCACUCAUACAAUGUUGCGAGUGCUAGUGGAUUGGCCCCCAAGGUUUAUAAAACAAGAGAAUGAAGAUGUGUCCGUGGUCAGGGGAGAAGACAGGUGGUUGGAGUGUGAAGUUGAUGCUAAACCAAGUGCUAGGAUAAAAUGGAUGGCGAACUCUCGAGUAAUGUUAGGUGAAGACAAACCUCGUUUGAAGCUCAUGGAUCUGCAGUUGCACCAUACUGGAGUAUACAAGUGCAUAGCCAGUAAUAAGCAUGGCACUGUGGUUAGGCAGUUCAAUGUAGAUGUCCUAGUGCCUCCUUUUAUAUCGGAAUUUGACUUGCUGGACGUCCAACUGAAGGAAGGUAUGAAUGCAACUCUACAGUGCAACGCCAAGGGAUCUCCUCAACCAUCUAUUGAAUGGACAUACAGCAACUCAAACUGGAAGCUCCUCAACUCAUCCCUAACCACUACCAACGUAUCCACCACCUCAGAAGGCCAGUUCCGUUGCUCGGCAACCAACAUUGCUGGCGCGGCGCACAUAGUGUACAACGUAGCUGUUGCUGCCCCGCCCGUUAUUGAGGAGGUUGUUCUGUAUAAUGAGGAGGGAGCACUGUUGAAGGUCAUGCAGAAAUUGUGGUUGGCAGCACUGCCCGAUUAUCAUGUAAAGCUUCCGGCCGACCGACUCCCUCAAUACAAUGGAUCAAAAACGGGAAAACACUCGCCGAAAACGCACAAGACAUACAUUACGCUGACUUGGUAUUCGAUAAUGUGAAUGCUAGUAGUUCUGGCGUGUAUUCUUGUGUGGCGAGUAAUGACGGCGGGAUGGAUGAUCGGAGAACCAAGGUAGAUGUGCUAGAACCACCUAAAAUAUUCAAAAGCCUGUUCCAAAACUGGAACUCAACGGAGAUUGAGGCAAAACUGGAAGUGAUAGCCGGACAAGCGUUCAACCUGCACUGUCAUCCGUAUGGAAACCCUAUGCCGGAAGUGUACUGGUUUAAGGAUGGCAUCCCUUUAAGAUUAUUUGACAAAGCAUGGUAUCAACGGACUUCGGAGAAGUGAUCCAAUCCCGAGAGGCAAAACAAGAACAUAGCGGGAACUACAUUUGUGUCGCAAAGAACAGCGUCGGGAAUACCAGCAUCACUUACAUU